AUGGGUUCUAAAGCCAAGAAGUCAUCACCACAGCUAGCAUCGCAGGCUUCUAGUGGAUCUCUCAAUGGUCUUCCAGUAGGCCCCUCGGCGUAUGUGGCGGCGGUUGAAAAAGGGACAGCCGAUGUUGGAUCCAACAAUCAACCUCAAAAGGGUCUCAAAAAACUUUUGAAUAAGCUUCCCAAAGGCCCAAAAGGCGAUUCGAAGGAUCAAGCUGGCAACCAACCUAAAAGCAAGGCCAAGAAUAAACCCAAGAAGAACCAGCCCAAAAAUCAACCACCCGAGAAAAAGCCAAAGAACCAAGCCAAGAGCCAACCGAAUCUGUCUAAGAAAAUGAGCGAGAAUCAGUUGAGGAAUCAGACUACAAGUGGAGUCAAUGGUCAAAUUCAUGCAUCUGAAAAGAAUCACGACAAUUAUUCACAUCAACUAAAGCCCUCUAAAUCAAUAGGGACUGAAUCUGAGAUGUCGAAAAAGUCUGGUAUCGACAAGAUUGUUGAUGGCAUGGGUAACGUUAUAGAAAAGUUCAAAAAGCGUCAACGAGGUUCAAGAGGUGGGAAAAAGAGACGUGCAUCAAUGGAUGCUAUAGCAAAUGACUAUAUCAGCAAUGUAGCGGCCAGUGGUGUUGAUCAUGAUGACGCUGUUAUGGAUGCUGAUAUUAAUACCAACGAUGAUAACGAAGAUUCUGGAUUCAUCGCUUUUGACUCUGAUCUCUCGGAUGUUGCGGAAUCUAUUCAUACAAACACCUUCAAAGCGUUUGAAGACGAAAUGUCUAUGUUUCUAAGUGAAGAUGAAGACGACGAUCAAGAGGAUAACGCUGUUAAUGUCAGUAUUAUGACAACAUCAACUUCAAGAACAUCUCGGAAACGUAAAUUCAACCCCGAAGACGAGGAUGAGAAAGCAUCAAAGAGAAUCAAUGUCUUAUCCGAAUUCCCUUGGGUAGUUAAUCAUGAUCAUUCUCAAGAGCAAGAGAUUUCCGAUUGGCUGACUUUGGAAAUCAAAGAUUUUGUAUCAUACAUGUCACCAUCAGCGGCAGAGAUUAUUGCCAGAAAUAAUGCUGUCAAAAGAAUCCGUGGUAUAGUCAAGGAUCUGUGGUCAGAUGCUGACAUACAUGUAUUCGGUUCUUUUGCUACCGACUUAUACCUUCCUGGAUCCGAUAUCGAUAUGGUGGUAUUAUCGAAAUCAGGCUCCUAUGAUACCAGAGCACAUCUAUACAAGUUGUCAUCUAAAUUGAAGGCUACUGGCAUUGCUAAUAGCCUAGUGGUCGUUGCCAAGGCUCGCGUUCCGAUUAUCAAGUUCGUGGAAAAGACCAGCAAUAUCCAUAUUGAUAUCUCGUUUGAACGACGCAAUGGUGUUGAGGCUGUUCAAAUAAUUCGUAAAUGGACUGCAGAAUAUCCAUGUAUUAGAUUUUUUGCCAUCAUUAUCAAGCAUUUUCUGGCUCGCCGUAAGAUGAAUGAAGUUCACAGCGGUGGUUUAGGAGGAUUCAGUGUCAUUUGUCUGAUUGUGUCAUUUCUCAAGAACCACCCAAAAGUGUCUAGUGGAGCAAUUGAUCCCAUGCACAAUUUGGGUGUUCUUCUUAUAGAAUUUUUCGAGCUUUAUGGCAGAAACUUCAACUACGACUCGAUAGCACUCUCGGUUAGAGGAGACAUGCCAUACCUAAGAAAGGACCAAAACCCCGAUCUUGAUAACCCCAGGAAAUUCAUGUUGGCUAUUCAAGAUCCUAGUGAUGAGACAAACAAUCUCAGCCGGGGCACGUUCAAUAUUCGUGGUAUUAAGAAGGCAUUUUCGGGCGCAUUUGACUUGCUGGUGGCUCGAUGUUAUGAGUUGGAGUACCUGUCAUUCAGCGAUCGUUUGGGCAAGUCGAUUCUGGGCAACGUGAUCAAAUUCCGUGGGCCUGAGAGAGAUUUCUUAGACUCGAGAUCUGAGGUGCAGAGCGAGUACGAGCUGAGUAUUGAAAACUACACGAGUUUCAACGGUACCGAAAACGACACCAACGAUGAUAUCAUUGUCCCUAGUGACUUUGAGGAGGACGAAAGCGAUGCUGAUGUCGACGGAAACGACGGCGAGCAGCAAGAUGUUAUCGGAGACAUCUACAAAAAACAAAGUAACUCACGACCCAAUCAGAAGUUAGCUAGUCCACCGUCACGACCCAAACCAAACUCACCAAAAUCCAAGCCCGAAAGGAAAUCACCGUCAACAGCCGAACACGAUGGAGACAAACGAGCGACCAGACCAGCGGCAGUAGAAUACUAUAACAUCUCGGAUUCCGACUCUGAUUCGAACGCCGAACGACCCAACGACGGAACCAGACACACUUCCCCUACCCAACGAGGCGCUUCGUCGAAGUCUCCGAUCACGAUUCUCUCGGACGACGAUGCCAGCUCUGCCGAAGACAGCCGGUCGUCUUCUGUCAUCGAUAAAGCACAGAAACGAGACUACUGGCUCAGCAAAGGCGCUCCUACCAUAACAUAA